GCCGUCAUGUCUGACACCUGACUUAAGUUGGAUAUACAAAUUUAUCAAUUCGGUAUUUCAUAAUUCUAUUCAAAAACACACAUUUUGGCCUAGACUUAUCUAUAUUCGAAUGAAUAUAUUUUACAUAGUGGAUUUACGAAACAUGCAGGUUGGGCAUAAGCUGGCAUAUUCAUGUCUACAUUUCGGUUGAACUGUCAAGUUUUUACGGGACUUCUCUGGCUGUAUCCAUGAAAUAUAUCGAGAUAAUAUGAUAACAUGGCUGUGCAACCUGACUCUGGCGGCAAGGACGAUGUGAAGACACAAUUCGUGACGCGGGAAGGGACCUAUCGCUUGAUGACUCUUUCUGAGUAUUCUAGGCCCAAUCGAGUGGGGUACACUAGUGGAUCGGGUUCUUCACAUGUUCGGGUGUCAUUGGUGUCGCUGCCGCCUGGGCCUGGAGGGGGACCGCCCGGCUCCGACGGACAGGGAUCCGACGACCGGAUAUGUUUCAACCAUGGAAAAGAACUGUAUGUUUAUGUGUACAGAGGUGUUAAAAAGGCAGCAGAUCUCACGAAGCCAGUUGAUAAGAAGAUGUAUAAAGGCACGAACCCAACAUGCCAUGACUUCAACACUGUCACAAUGACGGCGGACAGUGUAUCGUUAGUUAUAGGAUUUUCUACCGGCCAAAUACAACUCAUAGACCCUAUUAAGAAAGAAUUAAGUAAAUUGUACAAUGAAGAGAGACUGAUUGACAAAACUCGUGUGACAUGUAUAAAGUGGGUACCAGGAUCGAGCAAUCUAUUCAUCACGGCGCAUGCGUCUGGCCAGUUGUAUGUCUAUAAUGAAGAGCUGACCUGUGGCACCACCGCGCCACACUACCAGCUCUUCAAACAAGGCGACGGCUAUUCCAUACACACCUGUCGAACAAAAUCUACAAGAAAUCCACUCUACAGAUGGGUGAUUGGUGCAGAAGGCAGUUGUAUCAACGAAUUUGCGUUCUCACCCUGUGGAACUAAUCUAGCCGUCGCAUCGCAGGAUGGCUUCUUACGAGUGUUCCAUUAUGAUACGAUGGAGCUAAUUGGUAGGGCGAGAUCAUAUUUCGGAGGGUUCCUGUGCGUUUGUUGGUCGCCGGACGGUAAAUACGUGGUAGUCGGCGGCGAGGACGAUUUGGUGACUGUUUGGUGCUUCAGUGAAAGGAAAGUGGUCGCGCGCGGACAAGGCCACAGAUCGUGGGUUUCGGUGGUUGCGUUCGAUCCUUACGUAGUGAGCUUCACCGAUCCCGAAAGUGACGAGGGUGUCGAGGACGACAGACAGAAAAGUGAGAGUGUUCAAUGUUACAGACUAGGUAGUGUAUCGCAGGACACGCAGCUGUGCUUGUGGGACUUGACGGAGGACGUGCUGAGGCCGCCGGUGAGGGCGCGGGCAUCCGCCCACCUCUCCCCUAACAGUCAGACCUUCUCGCCGAACGGGGUCCCCGGUAUGAAAGUGCCGGCGAAGGGGACCAAAUCCAACAAAAUAGGUCACAAACACGCCGAGCUGAGUGGGCAGAACAAUCCCUCCGGCGAGUCGUCCGGAGCGAAGCAGCCCGCCAAAACGAAAGUCAACAACGUCUCUACUCUGAAUAUAAGCGUGGGAAAAGCGAAGGAGGAGAGUUCGGGCUCGCUCGGCGUGAAUUCGCUGACGCAACGGCUGGCAGGAUUCUCGUUUGGAGACCGCCGGUCCGAGCACAGACGGAACUUCAGUUUGUCUAAGCCGGCCGAGCAGAAGUCGUCCGCGUCGAACACGGUCGCAUUGCGGGGCAAGUCGGCAGGGGCAACAACGAACGAUUCGUUCGACCCGUUGAAGCUGAUAGGCACGGCAUCGUGCCCGCGGUUCGACGAGUGCCCGGUGCUGGAGCCGCUGGUGUGCAAAAAGGUGGCCCACGAGCGGCUGACGGCGCUGCUGUUCCGCUCGGAGUACUUCGUGACGGCGUGUGCGGACGGCUGCGUCAACACGUGGGCGCGGCCCGCGCGCUCGCUCAACGGCGAAUCCCGACCGCUCAGACGCUUCGAGAAGAUCGACCUCGUUGACUAGUCCGCUGUCUCUGGCCCUCACUUAUACACUGUAGUGUUGUCUAUUCAAGACUGUUUAUACGAAAUGUUAUUACAACGAACUUCAAUCAAUUAAAAUUAUUUUUAUGUGCAAAUCUCGUCCAACCAACCUGUAAUAUCCUCUUAGAAUCCUUUAGCUAGAGUAUUGUAUUAUUUGGAUAAUACGUCUUGAAUAGACAAUACAUAGUAAAUUAUGUUGUAGUUAUUUUUAAAAUAUUAAAUUUAUAGUAGUAUCUUUUAUAAGGUUAUUACUAUUUUUUAGGUAUGUAUAUACAUUUACAAAAAUUACAUAUUACUUUUACAUGUAGAAUAUUUAUGAGGGGAGGUUUGAUAAGUUUGCGACCUGAGGUGCUUAAUUAAUGAAAAGUAUAGUUUUAUAUUUUUUAUUUUUCAAUAUAAUUCCCCUCAAGGAAAAUACACUACACUUCGUGAAUACAAAGCCUAUAUCCUUCGAAAAAAAAUAUUUGCUCAAAUAUGGGUAUUACAGAUGGUACAUUAUUAGAUUUUUUCGCCUCCAUAUUUUACCAUAAAUGAUGUGUAAAUCUACUUUUAAUAUAAAUACUAGUACAGUGCCAUUAUCAUAGUUUCAUAUAUUACAAUGUUUUAAUUAUAAUAGAUUAUAGAUAAAAAAAAAAAGAAAACACAUCAAAAUUUGUCUCGUUUUUUUUAUACCACAGGUGGAAAACGAGCAUACGGUCCACUUGAUGGUAAAUGGUUACCGUAGCCUAGGAACACCUGCAAUACAAGAGGUAUUACGCGUUAUCGUCUCUUGUCUCAUGGGAAUACAAUGCAGUCAUUUAUAAUUUGACAUAUCAUAUGACUGUCAUAUAUUCAUUUAUAGUGUAGUAUCCUUUGCCAAUUAGUAUCCUCUUUGGUUCCUUCCUAAAUAGAUGAAAAUGCUUAAUGCUUAAUUCUUUUAUAUAUAUGGCGGCAAUUUAUUAUAUACUUUCAGACCCAUGCAGAAUAUGCUAUUAUUGUGUACUGUAUUUUGCUUUUCAUUGUUUCAUAAUCUGUAAUAUUAAAUUUUAUUAAAAUUGCAACUUCAUAGAUAUAAAGUGAAGGGAAUGUAAAAAUUUAUAAACUUCUUAAAAUGUGAUGAGUCAUCGCUAAGUACCUUGGGUCGCGAACUUAUCAGCCGCCCCUCUUAUUUAAAACAUAAAAGAUAUUUAGUGGAUAUUUUAAAAAUAACUAAACAAAAAAAUUUACCUCUCGUUAUUUGGAAGGCCUUGUAUGUUGUAUUGCAGAGGUAAUAGUGAAAUUCAGUCCUUGAACAUGUGAAGUUCGAAUGUAAUAAAUUAUUCUAUAUUAUUAGAAAGAUUGUUGGCUUGUGAAUGAAUGCGUGUUUGUAUAUUUAUAAAGUCUCUAUUGCUCUCCUGUGUUUAGUGUCUUUCUACUGAGAUCCAUUUGAAUAAUUAGGCAUAAUAUUUAAGACAUUCGAGAUUCCUUAUUUUUUUUUUCGUCAAUAUGAAUUUAACCUUUUGACCGCCACCGUUGUCAGCAGCUGAAGGCCCCUUAGCGCUUGAUUGUAAUCUGCAAUUUCGCAUUGUACUUUUUUUUUUAUACAACUUAGAAUGGCAAACAAGCUGACGGUCCACCUGAUGGAAAGUGGUAACCGUCGCCUAUAGACAUGAGUAGUACCAUGGACAUAACAGAGUAUACCGUUUUGUCCAUGAUACCCCCCAUGCGUUGCCAUUCCUGAGGACUCAAGUGUUAUUCCUCUGUACCCAGUAAAUGCACGCCAUAUCCCACCCUUCAAACGGAAACACAGCCAAGCAAACAACUGCUUCACGGUUGAAACACGAAUGGGACAGAGGUACCCAAGCAAUCGACUUUUGUACAAAGUCUCCGAAUACUUGGUACUACUCCGAAUACUUGGUUUGUUACUAUGAUAUGUAUUUUUAAAUACUGUAAACUUUUGUUUUAUAUUCUGUCUUUAAACGGUAAAGACAACAUAGAACUAAAUACUUGUUAUUUAGUAGAUAAUAUUGAUUGAAGUGGAAAGGGCAUGAAAGAAAAGCCAAUACGGGCGGUUAAAGGGUUAAACAAUAAAUACAGGAGAGUCCUGUGAGUGGAAAGCUUGAUACAGUUGUAUUUCUUACUGUAAUACGUUACUAGGCGAUAUUUGUGAUCGCCGCAGCAAUGAGAUUGUACUGUAAAUGUAUAGAGGAGUGUAUAUUUUAAUUAUUAAGGAGAAUUCCCUUCGGCUCACGUAUGUACAUAUAGUUAUUAGGACGUAGCAAUCAAAGAUUGCUCGGAUUAUCGCAAACGCACCCGUGUGCUUUUCAUUGUCUUUAUACUCGUAAAGUAUUUAUUUAAUUUUUCUUUAAACAAUUUGAAUGUUGUUGUGUCGAUUGACGCGUCUGUAAGACUUGCGAUGUUUUCAAACAUUUAAUUAUGCGUGAAUUGUGUAUAUUGUUAUUGGAUUCAGCUAUAUUAGUUACUAUUAGGGAGCCUAGUGAAAUUGUGUUGUUAUAGACAAAUUAAUGUCUACAGUUCGACAGCUUACUAUGUAGAUAUAAUGAUUUGCUUGAUAUAACCUACCCGCAGUAAUUUCACGGUCUAUAUACCAUAGAUAGAGAAAAUCCUGUAUGUUGCAGUACCCAAUAUGGCGAUGGCAAAUACCAGCAAAGAUUAUUUUGUAUAAUCGAUAUUUAUUUUCUUUUUAUUAGAAAAGCUGACAUACUAUUACAUGCUUCUGGCGGUAAUAUGUUGUUGUGGCCUUGAAGAAGUUUUCUUGCCCUGUUUAAAGGAAUGCUGCUAUAUUAGAAAUUAAUAUUUUUAUCCUUGGCAAGUUACCCAUCGUAGAAACGUAUUACUUGUGCUGACAUUUCCAUUGUCAAUGCUAGGUCUGUGGGUAUGUCCAGUCUACUCUGAUUGCAGGGGAAGACUUAUUAAUUACUCCCUACUAUCGUCAAGGGUUUCGAUGGGCGUAUCCCAUAAAAGUAUACUUUUAAAAGGCCUUUUUAUAAGCAUCAUUUUUUUUUAAGUUACUCGUUGAAAUAGGAAUAUAUUACAACUAUUUACAUAGACAAUUUUUCCUUGUAUUAUUAUUAAAUUAUUUGUUGUAAUUUAAAGUUUUUAAAAUGCUAUUAUUUAUGUGUAUUGCGUAUAACGUCUUAUUUAGUAUACCGAUAGUGUAUAAUACGUCUUUUCAUACCGUUUUAUUGAAAAAAAAUACAUAAAAAUUUACAAACAUUGAAAUUGUACGUAAGUGACAACUCAAUUUGUUGAAAUUUAAAUAGAACCGAUUCAUAUUUAAAUUCUGCUAACCUUAUAUUUUAACCGACUUUAAAAAUAAGGCGGUUAUCGUUUCGAUUGUAUUUUUUUUGUGUUUGUUACCUUAUAAUUCAGGUGUAAAACGAUUUGGAAAAUUCUGUUUUUAUCUGAAUAUUUACAGAGAUGUCAGAUAGAAAUUUUAUCAAAAUCGGUUCGAUAGCUUAGUUUUUAAACCAAAAUAACUAGCUUUGCAACAAUUAAAGUCGGUUUUUAUUUUGUGGAACGCAGUUUAAAUACAUUCAUUGCUAUUUAGUAAAUCUUUAGACAAGCAUGGUGAUAGUUUUAGUUCUAUUAAAUAUAAUUAAAGGUCCUCUAAUAUGCCCAUGGCAAGUGACAAAAAGUUUUAUGUUCUAAUUAUAUUUGUUUUUCCAAUAGUACAGGGCCGUAGCUAGACCCAAGUGUAAGGUAGGGCAAAACAAUUUUUUGAUAGGGCAGAAAUCACAUUUAAGUGACUUCGAAAAAGCGAGUCUAAUUUUCUUGGAGCCUUUUAUUUCAGUGUAGGGCAUUGGGCGUUUUAAGGUAGGGCAUUGCCCCUCAAACGAUUUACGUAGUACCUACCUUUGUGUUUUCUCCUUUUUUUUUCUUCCUUUCCAAGUCUUCUUGUUUGUUCCGUAUUCUGAUAGUUACAGAAUGAACUAGUACAGUCGCGUGCAAUAACAUAUAAACAUUUUAAUACUUCGUCAUAGUAACUUUAUUGAUAGUGCAAAACUUAUAUUAACUAUUUGCGAGGUUACUAUUCCUUAGAACAUCAUAAAGUAAAAUUAUAAUAAUUUUGACUGAAAUCUAUUACAAAAUUAGUUUAUACUAGCGGCCCGUCCCGGCGUCGCACGGGUGGACAUUUUUAUCAUUUCCCUUAACUGCUCUGCUCCUAUUGAUUGUAGCGUGAUAAAAAGUAUACUAUAACCUGCCCAGAAGUAUGAAGAAUAAUUGUACCAAGUUUCGUUAAAAUCCGUCGAGUAGUUUUUGUUUUUAUAUUGAACAUACAGACAGACAAAAAUUUUACUGAUUGCAUUCUUUUGCAUCAGUAUCGAUCACUAAUGACCCCCUGAUAGUUAUUUUGGAAGUAUAUUUCAUGUAUAGAAUUGACCUCUAUAGAUUUAUUAUAAGUAUAGAUUGGUCCUUAUAAUGAAAAUUUCGCUGUGAUAUCAAAUUUAAAUUUUAAUUUUAGAGAUAGAUUUAGAGAGAUAGCGCCUCAAAAUAGACCUUACUAGGUACCCUAAUAAAUUCAUAUUGUGAUAAAGUAGAAAGUGUUUACAUGUUAAUGCAGACGACUGUACUAAUAAGGGCCUACGUAGACCAGCCAAGGUACAAUUGUAGACGUAUUUUUUUUACAACAAAAUCAAAUACGAACAGAAAUGUAUAAUGUAUUAUUAAUUUUUUAUCUAUCUUAUUUAAGAGCUGCACUCUUGUCGGUGGAGUUCUUGCCACUCACUAUGAUUUUCAGCGAGUCUCUUCACCUCUUGAUACGACACGACACCAACUUCUUCCUUGAUCUGCCUGAUGUAACUGUCUCGGUCUCCCUCUCCCCCUCCUUCCUUCUAUCUCACCUUCUAUUAUAAUGUUCAUAUGUUCGUCGUGUCGUAUCAAGUGUCUAAACAAUUUUUCCCUUCUGACCUCAAUAGUUCUUAUAAUUUGUCUCUUUUCCUUAACCCUAAACAGGCCCUUUUUAUUACUUAUUCGAUCUCUCCUGCAAAUUUUCUUCAUCCUUUUACAGUACCACAUUUUAAAGGCUCUAAGUAUAUCCAAAUUUUAUAAAAUUAAUUCUAAAAAAAUUCCACGUCAAACAAAAUAAGCCUACAUCGUUUAUUGUACAUGUACAAGGCUUCAUACUUGAUACAUACAUAUAAUAAAAUAAAUAUUUCCUGUAUAGAUGUUAUGACAAUCGUUUUCAUAAAAAUAGAUUUUGCAAACAACAUGUUUUAUGUAUUUUUGUGAAAAUGCGCAGUUAGUGUCUAUGUUGGGAAUAUUGCUGUAUAAUUAUUGUACUUAUAAAACUUAUUUUUUGUGGCCUUACACAUUUUUAUGUAUUAUUUGAUUGUAUUUAAUUACUGAAUCAUGUUAUUUUAUUCAAGGAAAUUAAACUAUAGACAGGGUUGUGUGUGUGUAUUCUAAAUUUAAAAAUCGCAUUUGAAUUUUUUAUAUUCGAAGUGGUCUUUCGAAAUUCAAAAUUGAAAUGAAUGGGAAUGGAAACUUGCCAAUUCACUUAUUAUUUUUCAGUGAAAAUUAUUUAGUGUAACCACGAAACCUGUUCGCCUGAGACGGAAAUGUGUAAUAUUUAAAUAAUAUACAAAAAUCUUAAAAUAUACACAAAUAAAACCUU